CCUUCAUCUAUGUAGCUUAUAUAGGAUAAGCUUUUUUUUAAAGAAAAUAAUUAGAAAUGUUUGGUGGAAAACUCAGCUAAAAGAAUUUAAGAAAGAAAAAAAACCCAAUUCUUACUUAUAAUUUCAUUUUCAAGAUUCAUAUGUUAGUAUAUAUUUUGCCUUAUAUUUAUAGUAGCAUUUGGAAUUUGAGAAGGUAUUAACGAAAAUGGGAAGGAAAUGUUCAAAAUGUGGGGAAGUAGGGCACAAUUCAAGAACUUGCAAAUUUCAGCUGAAAGAAAGUAAAAGUCUCAAAUUAUUUGGAGUAAAGCUUGACAUUAAUAACUCUUCUUCUGAAUUUUCUUUGAUGAACAAUGGUUUUAGUACCGUGGAUUGCCUGUCUUCUUCACCAUCUUCUUCUUCUUGCUCUUCUGUUCUCAUUGCCACAGUUUCUUCUAAAUCUUCUUCACUAAUGACUAUCCAAGAAAAUGCGGAUAUUAAAUUCUCUGGUCGAUAUCUCUCCAAUGAGAGAAAAAAAGGUUUGGCAUGGACAGCAGAAGAGCAUCAGAUUUUUCUGGUAGGGCUUAAAAAGCUAGGAAAAGGUGACUGGAGAGGCAUUUCGAGGAAUUUUGUAACAACAAGAACACCAACCCAAGUAGCAAGUCAUGCUCAGAAAUUUUUCCUUAGGCUAAAUUCCUUCCACAAAACAAAACGCCGUCAUAGCCUCUUCGAUAUGGGCAGUUUCCGAUCAUCAAUUUAUGAGCCAAACGAACGUAGCUUUUUAUCUGGAUUAGCAUUGAAGAUCAGUUCAGAAGCUGCAUCGGCUUCUCGUUCUUACUCCACCGAGUUAGGAUUAAAAAAUGGUUCAAGAUUUCCGAAUAAUGAUCCAUUAAUCGGGUCUGAGCCUACUUGUUUUGAUGGCUAUGGUCAAUGUGCAGCACCAGAUUUAGAGCUGAAACUUGCUGCUCCAAUUUCAUCAGAUCAAACUAAAAAAUAUGUUCUGGUGACCUAAUUAUGUGAGGACUUAUCGUCACAUGAUAGUUCAAGUUAGAUAUAUAUUUCAUCCUUAAAUUAAAUAAAUUUAUGAAGUACUUACCCUCA